AUGUCCCACAGAGUAGAGUCUUUAUCAGUUUCUCCACUGGCAAGCUCACUUGUUCAUUGGGUUGUUGGAAUGAUCUGCGAGUUGCAAAUAUGCUACAUCGCCAGCCUUCUUGAAGAGGUUGUUCGCCCUGGAGUUUUCUAUUUCCUUACUGAUCCUCAAAAUGAUGAUCCUUCCAUCCGAGAUUUGAUUGAUGUUCCAGUACACAAGCUUGCUCGGGAGGUUUUGUUAGAAUAUGCAGGGAUUGGGAGUUUGAUGGUCAUGCUGGUGUUUUUACCACUCGAACUUGCGAUAUGGAUGGCCCCAUCAAUAUUCCCACUUGAUAUAUCUGUAUCCGACCCAUUUAGUGAGAUUCCAGCCGUCAUGCUUCUGUUUCAAAUAUGCAUACCGUUUAUUAUCGAGCAUUACGAGACCACAAUCAAGUCCCUUCUAUGCUGCUGGUUCACCGGCGUCAGUUGGGCGUUUGGUUUGACAGACUACCUUUUGCCAAGACCAGAGGAAAACAUUGGUCAGGACAACGUAAAUGGUGAACCAGGAAGGCAGAACAGAGCACAAGUGUUGCAGGUCGGUGGACAUGACACGGCCAUGGUUACACUUCCAGCAGCUGGGAAUGUCAACACGCGUGAGGAAUAUGAAAAUGAUGAAGAACAAUCUGAUUCAGAGUACAACUUUGUUGCCCGGAUAAUCCUUCUUCUACUUGUUGCAUGGGUGACUCUUCUUCUCUUCAACUUAGGAAUGAUAGUUGUACCAGUUUCUAUUGGGCGUGCUUUAUUUAGUGCCAUCCCAAUUCUCCCAAUAACGCAUGGCAUCAAAUGCAAUGACCUGUUUGCUUUCUUCAUUGGCACAUACGCCUUUUGGACUUCCAUAUCUGGGGCUAGGUAUGCCAUCGAGCAUGUCAAUUCAAAGAGGACUUCAGUCUUGCUAAACCAAAUAUGGAAAUGGUGUGGGAUUGUCUUCAAGAGCUCGGUGCUGUUAGCCAUAUGGGUUUUUAUAAUUCCGGUACUUGUCGGACUUCUGUUUGAGCUAUUGGUGAUUGUUCCAAUUAGAGUCCCAGUAGAUGAAAGCCCUGUGUUCCUCUUGUAUCAAGACUGGGCUUUUGGACUCAUAUUUUUGAAGAUCUGGACUAAACUGGUAAUGCUGGAUCUUAUGCUUCCAAUAUUGGGUCAUAGCUGGAGAGCAAAGUUUGAGAGAGUAAGAGAAGAUGGCUUCUCAAGGCUUCAAGUGUUAUGGGCACUCAGAGAGAUUGUAUAUCCGAUUGUGAUGAAACUCCUAACAGCACUAUGCGUGCCUUAUGUCUUGGCGAGAGCAGUGUUCCCAAUGCUCGGAUAUCCGCUAGUUGUGAACUCGGCGGUCUACAGAUUUGCUUGGAUAGGUUGUCUCUCGGUGAUCCUCUUCUGCUUCUGUGCGAAAAGAUGUCAUGUGCGGGUCAGGAAACUUCACAACUCCAUCCGUGAUAAACGUUAUCUCGUUGGUUUGAGACUCCAUAACUUUGGGGAAGCUGCUUACUGCUAA